AUGAGGUCUGCAAUCUUUUACGCCCUGCUUGCUUCUUCUGCAGUUCAGGGUGCCGUUUUGAACCGAGAUGCAAAUGGCAAUUUGGCACGACGUGACAGCUUCUUGGAUCAGCUGGGUCAACUCCUUGGCUUCGGAGAUGGAAAUGGGGGUGUCGCCGUAACUACCAUAACCACCACUCUCAUACCUGGAGCUACUCAGGUGCUCGAGAAUCCGGUCACAACAGCAGUCGCAGAUUUGCCUUCAGCUCCUCCGGCAGUCGUCCCGGCGACAACGAAUCCUGAUGGCAAUGGAGUUGGCGUCACUGUGAUUCCAGCAACGACAAACGCCAACGGUAACGGAGUCGGCGUUACUACGAUUCCAAUUCCCUCGUCUUUGCUGCCGACGACAACGUUUGUUCUGGAACCUCCGCCAGCUGCAUCACCACCCCCUCCGGCAGUCCCCCCUCCUCCCCCGGCAAGUUCUGCUACAGACGUCCCUCCGGGAACGACUGUCCCUCCCGCAGCCCCUCCGCCUCCACCACCUCCUCCGGCAAGCUCUGCUCCUGAAGCUCCUCCGGCCGAGACUGUCCCUCCAGCUGCGAGUGCUCCCCCGCCUCCGCCUCCUCCUCCGCCGCCACCAGCGACAACAGCUCCGCCUGCCGCCAGCCCUCCACCAACCGACCUUCCUCCUGCUCCUCCUGCUACGAGCGCUGCUCCGCCGCCUCCUCCUCCGCCUCCCCCCGCGGAGAGCUCUACGACAGUUCCGCCGCCGUCUCCUCCUCCUCCUCCGGCUACGACAAGUCUGCCACCGUCGUCUUCUUCUACAACUACGGACACUGCAAAUUUGACGCCUUCUCCUAUUUUCAGUACGCUGCCUUUGUCAUCAAGUGCGGCGGGUGCUUCUUCGGCGGCAUCGUCGACUUCCGAAGAGACUACGAGCACAAGUGAAGCUGCUGCAUCAUCAGCGACAUCGACAUCUGCGGCCGCAACUACAAGCUCUCAAGCUUCGUCAACAUCAGCAGCUACCUCUGCGUCAUCGAGUGCCUCGUCUUCGUCUGUCACGGUCUCCAGUUCUGUUAUUAAGCCCCCUGCGACUACUACAGCUGUCAGCACGUCAACGACAUCAUCGGCUACGACUUCAACGACUUCAACGACUUCAACAAGCGCAGCUGCUUCCGAGACGUCAGCUAGCCCCACGAGCUCGCCUGCCCCCGAAACUUCAGCUACCCCAGCAAGCACACCCAGUCCAGUUGUCCCCGCGGCGCCAGCCAACACUCUUGUGCUCGGAAACCUUGCUUCCAACACUCCCUUGGCAAACGGACAGCCGGCUCCCCCCUUGUUCCCUAUUGCAACGCCGACCGCACCUGCAGCUUUCUCCGCGCCACCACCCGAUCUUCAGGGAUAUCAGCUUAGCAGUGCGUUGAACUUGGGUGCCCUAGUGGCCGUACAAGCUAUAGCUACGCCAUCAGUUGCGGCUGCCGCAGCGCCCACGCUGAUUAUCGGAUAG